CUCUCUCACUUCAGCAAUCCACGGGAAAAGUAGAUCAUCUGGUGAGGAUGGUAAAACAGGGAGAUUCCAUAUCCCAUCAACAAUUGUUUAGGAUAUUCGACCUCCAGAAUGAAAAGAUUACACACAUUCUCACUGAUUUACCUGCAAGCUACCGAGAGAUGUGUUUCAUGAAAACCAGUGACUACUACCAAAAUCUCUUCGUCCACUUAUGUCAGAAUGUUGAAACAGAGAGUGAGAGCAACGAUGGCGAAUUUCGGCGAUGUAUCGAGGCGGAGAUCAAUUACUUGAAGCAAAACCCAGGAGAGGAUCCAAGACCCCUGGGCCACUUAACCCGGAUCUGGAUCUCUCAAUACCCUAAUCGCCUGAUUGCUGCAUUCAAGGAAUUCGAGCAUCUCGAAAGAUCAGGGAAUAUUAAUGGCACAUCAUUAAUGCAAAUGAAUGAUGCCGUACUAGAUUACUACACUACCAUCAUAUUACCGACUACAGAGAGUAAUCUUCCAGCAACUGGCGUCGAGGUGACGAGAAACAAAUUCGUCGUUCCUGGACCACCCCCGUCAUCUGUUUCAAGGCGCAUGGGACCACCUACCCCAGGAGGUCUGUCUUCGGCGGGAGAGAUGUCGGCGGUCGAAUCCGCAAACGAAUUCAAUACUGGUUUUAUGAAACACCUUAAGCGAAGAAGAGUAACCUUAAUGGUCGGAGCGACGAUGAAUUUCAAGUAUCAGGAAUGUGGUGCACGACAUACUAAAAGUGAAAGUGUAAUUAUGGCGACAAAAUAUCACAAGAAUAUUGUUGAGAACUCGGCCUCGCAGCUGAUGACAUACCUUAAGACCCUCCAAGAAACAGAUGACGAACCCGGAAUGAAGCAUUGGGAUAGUCAAUUCCGCAUGUAUACUUCUAAAAGCAUCUUAAAGAAGGGAAAUGUCAGUCUUGAAAAGUUUGUGGAAUACUGGAAAAAGGGUGAAGCUAAAGAACUAUCCUCGGGCACAGUUGAAAGGAAGAGGCACCAGAAACAGAGCGAAAGUUGAAACCAAGAGGAGGAAAUAUGCUCACGUUACCAACCGUCGCAGCAGCAAUGAAAUUGAUGUGCUGUCAUCUGAGUCGGAAGACUCACAAGAUUCACUCAAAAAGCAACUCACAGGCCUGCCAAAGAAGAAGGAUCGCAGCGACAAUUCCCACCCCGAAGCGACGGCCCGGGACUACCUGACCAAAUCCCACAUUUUUGUUGAACCUAAAGGAAAGGGUAAU